UAAUGGAAAAAAGGCAUUGUGGCAAAUAAAAAUUCAACAACCAAUACAAAAGCUGCCACAGAUGAUGCGACGAAGACGGUCGGGAAUACUUUUCUAGUCGCAGAACACGACUAGACGCCUCUUUAGGAGCAGAAUAGCAGCAAAGCCAAAGUUAAUUCGCGAUGCAUGAACUCUUCACGAAGGUACUCUCGAAACGCGAUUUAUCGCGGGCUGGUGAUCUGUUUUCAGUACCCGAUGCGGAUAUCGUCAAUGACAUAACGGAGGUGCUGUGCGAGAUCAACCCCAUUAUCUCUCACGCCGACUACGUGAAGAACAACAAUGAUCAGUCUGUGGUGGAAAUUUGCGUCACUCGCGUACUCUCCUGCAUACGUGAGACCCGUACUGCGGAACGCUAUUGCGCCGCCCUGGUGGAUCUGCUAAAGACUUGUCUUCUAUGGAAUCUACAGCCGGCUAGCGCUACAAAAGAGGAGCCUCCGCAUGCCAAAAUAGCCGCUGAUAUUAUCUCUAGCAUAUUUUUAAAUUAUGAUAAGAAAGAACUGAUGAAAAUUGCGCUGCCCAUUGCCGUGCAGUUCCUGCCGAAGGGCAACAAGGAGCUGUCGCGCAACCUUGCCAGCUAUUUAUCGCUGGCGGCCAACGACUAUGCCUACCUGCUUAGUCCGCAUGUGGAGUUCAUCAUGGACUCCAUAAUGUCGGGUAAUUAUGGACUAUUACGGCUGCUCUCACAGGUCUAUGAAGUAUCACCAGAGACGGUUACCCCCCAUGCUCCGCUGCUCAUCACCCUGCUACCCCAGUGCGAUCCUCAGGAGAGACUGGCUGUUUUCCAGCUCUAUUUGCUGAUUGUACAGAAGGCACCCGAAGUGCUGGAGUCCUGUGUGCCACAAUUGUGCUCCUUUCUCUACGAUACCGAGACAUCGAGCAUAACCAUGCAGAUACUAUUAAAGAUGGCAGAACACGCCCCACACUUGCUAGUCGAUCAUUUCGAGCAAUUGCGAUUGGCAGCCAAAGCAAACCCCUCCACAGUCACUCUAUGCGCUCAGAUAUUGACAGCCGCUGGCAUGGGCAGCAAGGAGACGGCACAAGCGGCCUUGGAUUUUGUUUUGGAACACUUACCACAAGCUGAACGUGCGGCACAGGCCUUGCUGCAACAGGAAGCCACACGUCUCUGCUCCGCCUAUCCCGUCCUCUUCACCGACAAAGUCUUGGCGUGUGUGAGGCAAAAGAAUGCUGCCUUGAGCAGCCAGCAGGACAUUGGCAACAAGAUCUCUGGAGGCGUUACCAUUGUCAGCUUGAACAGCAGCAGUCCAAGUCCAAAUAUUAAAAUACCUGCUCCCGCUGCUUCCGCGGCUAGUGGUGCCACCACAACUACAGUCAUCCAGCCCACAUCAGCGAGCCAUCCGACAACUAACAAUAGCAGCAAUAGCAACACGCCCAACGCUCCAGCGGCUAUAUCUCCGCCGCCCACAGCCACGCCCACGCCACCACAUACGGGCUAUACGCGGCGCGUCAAGUUGGGCGACUCGCGCAGCACCGGGCGCCUACAUCUGCAUCCAGCCAGCAACACGCAUCGCAGCGUGACGCGCCUGAAUGUGGCCAGUGGCUCGGUGGGCGGACUUCACAAGAGCAUGACGCGACUGAGCAGCUCACAGCACAUCAAUCAGCAGCCCACUGCAAAUUCCAAUAGCAAUGUGGUGGUGCAAACAGGCGCCACUCCCAAGGCGCCCGCCAGUGCUACGGGCACCCCCGUGCCACCGCUUAGCAAUAACGUUGUCAUCACCGGUCACAACAAGUACGGCAUACCGGUGACCACCUCGGGUGGCGUCACGGUAACCACAUCACCGGGCAAGGUGCGACCCCAUUCACAGGGUCCCACAACGCUGCUUAACUCGAGCUCAGCUCUAAUGAAGUACAGCACGGAUGCGUUAAAUCAGUCCGUGGGCUCCAUAUCCAUACCGAACUCAACGGGAGCGGCGCAGCAACAGUCCGCGCAGGCGCAGGCGCAGAACGCUGUUUCCGUGCAUCAUGCCUCGCCCGCUCUGCCCCAAUCCUCCAGCAAUGGGAAUACUAAAUCUGUGAUGAAACUACCAGUGAAUGGCAAUAGCACACACGAAGUGAUCGUGUCUGGACCCACAACAAAUGUGGCCCCUCGACGAAGUGACAACACGAGCCGCACGCUGCUCAAUGCCAAUAGUGUGCUGGAUCAGCGCAUGAGCACCUUCGAACCCUAUCAGAUCAUGCGAGAUCCUGUGCAGCAAUUCUGUGAGAAGAACUUCAACUCCAUCAAGUCGUAUAUGGACGAGGUGUCGCAACACUUGCCGCCGCCAACGCGUUGCAGUAUCGAGGAGCGUCGCACCAAGAAGGUGGCAAAGCUUCAUUUUGCUUGUCAGAUCCGUGGACCACACUGUCUCUACUCCAAGACGUGCUUCACGAUGCGGACCCGCAACCCCAAGACCUGGAUACAUUUGAUGUUUCUUGACUUUCAAGUGCGACAUUUUGUCAAGGAAAAGUGCGUGUUAAGUACGCGCGAGCCAGGCAUCAGCAAUCUGAAGAAUAUCUGGCAAAUACUCAAGUGCGAGAACCGUAGCUUCACCGAACUGGUAACCAGUCAGUUUCCACAGGUCAAGGACCGUGAGAUACUUGUGAAUGAGCUGCGGCAUUCCGGCUUUCUGGAUGUAUUUGAGGUCUCCAAGACCGAUAAGUCGAAUCCGAAUUGCAAUGAAUUGGAGUAUCAGUGGGGCUGUUUCUUAUGCAAUCACCCGGACAAGGCGGUGGGUUUUCUCAAUGGCAGCAAUCAGCCCAUGAUAGAGGGUCAAUUGAAGGAGAAGAAGGGCAAAUGGCGUUUGUUUCGGCGUUGGCGUACGCGUUACUUUACACUCUCCGGAGCGCAUUUGUCAUGCAAGGGAUCCAGUGGCGGUGAGAGCAUCGAUGUCAAUCAGAUACGCUCGGUGAAGGUCUCACGCGGCGCUCGCAACAUACCGAAGGCCUUCGAGAUCUUUACUGCCGAUCAGACUUUAAUUUUCAAGCCGAAGGAUGGCAAAAACGCCGAGGAGUGGGUGCAGUGCCUCAGCAUUGUGGUUGCUCAUUCUCAGGCACGGGACAACCCCACAGUGAAGACAAACAGCCUGCCGGCGCGAAGCAUGGGCAGCAGCAAGCCAUCUUUUUGAGCCAACCAACCAGACGGCCCACAUUGUGAGAUUAAUUGUAAAUGUAAAGACAGAGCAACAUAAAAGGCAGCACAUGAAAGACAAUAGCGGAUGACUCAUCCAUAUGUGUCCAUAUAUAUACACAUAUACGAGUAGGCUACCAUAAGUACUUAAGCAGUGAAUAGCGUAUUUUUAUAUUUUAAUAUUU